AUGACUGACGCGAUCAUCCACUUCAACGGUUCUGCUGACGAGCUCGAGAGCACAAUCAAGGCUAAGAAGGGCCUCGUUGUUGUUGAUUUCUUCGCUACAUGGUGCGGCCCAUGCAAGCGUCUUGGACAGAUCCUCCCAGGCAUUGCUACAGAAAACAGUGAUGUUACAUUCAUCAAGGUCGAUAUUGACCAGAACGAUGAUGCUGCUUCCAAAUUUGGCGUUUCAUCUAUCCCACACAUUGCUUUCUGCAAGGCUAACGAUGGCAACUAUGAAGUCAUUAACACAGUUGUCGGCUGCAAUGUCGAAGCUAUCAACAAGUUGAUCGCUGCUAACAAGUAA